AUGGAGGCAGGUUUGAAGAUGAGGCUCCUCGCCAUGGCCGGUGUGGCCGUCGUCGCUGCGUCUUCGCUUGUGGAGAUGGCGGCAGCCGCCGAUGCGCCUGCUCCCCCUCCUUUUUCUGGAGUCGGCGCAAUCACCGGCCCUGUGGCCGCCGUCGCCGCCUUGUCGGCCUUCGCCUUCGGCUUCUUGAUCUGA